GACUGUCUUUAAUUGCAGUAUCUUCAACAGUGCUUGUUGCAAGCUCUGUAGCAGAAGUUAAAGUUGACGGUGGAUCAGCCAUACGUGAAAAGAUCGUGAAAAGUCAACCUCGAUGAGAGAUCUUCGGUAAUAUUUAUCAGCGGUUUCUAAACUCAGUUCUAGUCGCCCCCGUCCAGAAGCCAAGAUGGAUUAGCAAUGGAAAUUAUGUCGAUACGAUGAAGAUAAGCUAUUCUCCUAUUCACACAAGCCACAUGGUUGGACAUAGAAGACAAAAAUACCUUUUGUACAUUGGCUUGAUAUUGAUAAUCUUGGUUGUGUUAAUUUUGUACUAUUUCGGGGCGAAUAGAGAGCUUGAAAAUCUCACUGUGCUUGGAGGAAGUGGUAGUGAAAAUCUCCCAGCAGAAAUUUCUGCUAUUGAACCGUACGACAAUUCUGUGAAAUUUGACUCGCAAUGGCUCAAAAAGAACUGUUUACAAGGGUUUAAUGUAACCGAAGAAGUAGGAAAUAUUGGGAAACUUGUGGAUGCUUGGAAAAAUGUCCCUCGCAGAGAUUGCAGGGAUUUAUUUGAGACAUUCAAGGAUGUUUAUCUUGUCCAGGACAGAAGUGCGCCAUUAGUAAUACCUGAUACCUUUGCACCCAAGGUUUUAAAGUGGCUUGGGGGAAAACAGGAAUUGCUAAAGGAAGCAACUUUGCAGCCAAUUACAUCAGUGGAAAACCUAUAUACUCAAGAAUCCACUGUGUUUAAUCCUCUUCGUGCAAAACGGCCUGGUGCGGGAGGAGGGGCUACUGAGGAAACCAAGAAAUAUCUUGCAGAGUUGAUUCAGUCUAGUGCUAAAGAAUGCGACUUCUGUAGUUAUAAAGUAAAUACUGCAAAGGAUCCUUUUGAAAGUGUUGAGUCCAAAUAUUCACUCUCAGUGUCCAACACAUUUAAAGUAGAGAAGUUCCACAGUCUUAUCAUUUGGAGGCGGCAUAAUCCACUAGAAAUAAAUGAAGAAGAACUUCUUGAUGCUAUGGAAACUGCGCAGAAGUGGUUUCACCGAGCGCAUCAGUACGACGAGCAAUACACAAUCCCCCACAUUUACUUGGACAUUCUGCCGAGAGCAAGUGCUAGUCAAGUCCAUCCUCACUUCCACGUGGCUUUGGCACGUGACCAUUACUACGCUAGGUGGGCCCAUUUCCAAGUGUCCGCCAUGAAAUAUUCUGCGAAUCAUGAUGGAGAAAACUAUUUCUCAGCUUUGAAUAGAAUCCACAGUGCGUUAGGUCUUUCUGUUCAGCACGGCAAUGCCAGUGUUAUAGCAUCCGUGACUCCUGCCGCGCCCUAUGAAAUUUACCUGUUCAGUAAGACACCUUGUAAAGAUCUCUUCCAGCUUCUCUACUACUCUAUCGCCGCUCUAAGGGAUGACAUGGAAUUGUACGCCAUGAGUGCAGGAAUGGUAUUCCCAAAAUUGGGGCCGUUAACUGACCAAAGUGAUUUACCCGCAAUCAUAAGACUCAUGUAUCGCGGACCUGCGGAAGCGAGACGAGCGGAUAUCGAUUCCCUCAUGUUAUUCGGGACUGUAAACGUUAAUGUCGAUCCUUACACGGUGAUUAAAAGCAUCAAACAAUCUAUAGCCAAGCGAAGGCCAAAACCUGGGUAGAAAAGUGUCGCAGUGGCCAUCAUUUGGGACCCUACCGUUUCGAAAUUUUGCGAAAAGUAUUCAAAGGGAGCAAUGAAUUAUGGGUACUAAACCUCAGUUUCCAUGAUGCAAGUCAUGGAUAUUUGCUUCUUGUGUCACAAGAAGUUCUGGUCGGGUCAACACGGGGAAGGGAGGGGGUGGUCUUGUUGCUAUGGCUAAUUUGAAGGAGGGGUGUGUGGAGGGGGCUCACACAUGGGUGUCGACGGGUGGAAUAAAAAAGCGAUGCUAAACAAGCUUUUUAUGAAGGUGCUUUACUUUCACGAGAAACAACCUCGCAGCAGAGCAAAAUGGGAUCGUAGUUCGAUUUAAUGUGAUUCAAACUUGUCAGCAACUGAUAAAUAUUUUAGUAUUUAAUUUUAUUUCUAAUAUGUUUCUUCAUCAUAAGGUAGAGAGCUUAUUAUUUGAAGAACGUUAUUUCUGUGCUGUAAUUGAAAGGAAUGGAUUUUAAAUGUGUUUCAGCAUUGCAUACAAGUUAACAUAUUUAUGAACUUUAAUUGUCAAUAACUUUUUGUAAAGGUUGACUUUGUAUUGCUAUGACAACAUUGCAGACUUAUUUAUUAUCACAGAUAUAAAUUGUAGCCAAGAGAUUAAAUUAUAGUUAGUUGAGCAAUGGAUAAAUCGGUCAAUCAGUCACUCAAUUCAUUUAUAAAGAGGGUAAGUUUCUAAAGAAACUGUGGUGCUGCGUGGGUGAUGGGAGUUUAACGGGAUAAUUUUGCGGGUUUUAUUAACUGGGUUUGAAUGAAAAUUGGCCACCGCAAAUGGUUUCAAAGCUGACGUUUCGAGCGUUAGCCCUUCGUCAGAGCGUUAUCUCUUUGCUCUAACGAAAGACGAGCGUACGAAACGUCAGCUUUAGAAACUCUUUACAAUGCAAAGGAUAUAUUAUCAAUUCAAUUGAUAAAACUAAUUAACUUGUACUACCCCCUCCACCCCCGACGCAAUAUCACAGUUUCUCCCCCCCCCCUUUUUUUUUAAAUUUUUAUUUUCAUCGAGUUUGUUUGUGAACUGUACAUAGACACGCGUUAGUCACAAUGAACUUUAAAUUGGUUUUAUGAGAUUUUAUCGGCGGUACUAUCCUUAAACGGGUAUGAGAACAGUUUUCUUAACACUGAUAUGAAUAUUAACCCUUUCUUCCCCAAGAUCUCGUUAGCAAUUCUCCUUACUGUCUACCGUUCUAUUCUUAUAGUGAUUGUUUGAAUAAUUUGGUACGAGAUCAGAUGAUAAUCCCCUUAUUGAUAUCUGUAUUUACUCUCAUCAGUUGUCUGCUUGAUAUUAUAUUGUUAUUGUAAGGAGAAAUUCUGUCCUGGUCACUCAUAGGAGUUAAAGGUUUAAACAGGGACAAGUUUGAAAGAUGGUGUAUUCAGUGAAUGACACUGACAUACUCGUAGAAAAAGAACUCUCCGAAUUGUGUUUCGGAUGCUCUACCUCUGAAGUAAAGGAGACUCGAAGCAGGCUAGGCCGUAUAACUUGGUCUAUUGUGACAAACUUGCUGUAUAUUUCUAGGAUAGGUAUGUCGAAUGUGGUACUUUUGCUUAAUAAUGAUGUUAAUGAAGAUAGUAAAUGCUAAGCCUGGCAAUUUAAUCGAAA